CCAACAGAGACCAUGGGGAAGAUUAUUUUUUACGAGGACAGGAAUUUUCAAGGUCGUAGCUAUGAGUGCAGCAAUGACUGCACAGACCUGCACUCCUACUUCAGCCGCUGCAACUCCAUCAGGGUGGAGAGCGGCUGCUUCAUGAUCUAUGAGCGCCCCAACUACAUGGGGCACCAGUACUUCAUGCGGAGGGGCGAAUAUCCUGACUACCAGCGCUGGAUGGGGUUCAGCAACUGUGUCAGAUCCUGUCGCAUGAUUCCGAUGUACAGAGGAUCAUACAGACUGAGGAUUUAUGAAAAACCAGACUUCGGCGGUCACAUGAUGGAGUUUAUGGACGACUGCCCCUGUGUCUCAGACCGCUUCCACCACCGCCAUGUCUACUCUUGCAAUGUGAUGAACGGCUACUGGAUCUUCUACGAGUACCCCAACUACCGUGGCAGGCAGUACUUUCUCAAGCCCGGAGAGUACAGGAGAUAUCGCGACUGGUCUGCCACAGGUGCCACCAUUGGCUCUUUCAGACGAGUGACUGAUUUUUAG